AGCCGGAGCGCGGGCACGCGGGGCCGGGGUCGCCAGCGCUUGGACGGCGGGUCCUGCUGAGGGGGACCUGGCUCCACUCCUCGGCCUCAGCGAUAGCAGCCCCCAUGGCGACCAGAGGACUUUAAAGGAGUUCGGGGGCUUGGUCGGGAUCUGGGCGAUUCCGGAUCCGGCGAUUCCUGCUCUCGCCGCGCCCUGUCAUUGAUGGGAAAUCAACUGGAUCGCAUCACUCACCUGAAUUACAGCGAGCUGCCGACCGGGGACCCCUCGGGGAUAGAGAAGGACGAGCUGCGCGUCGGAGUGGCUUACUUCUUCUCGGACGAGGAGGAGGAUCUGGACGAACGAGGGCAGUCGGACAAGUACAGCGUGAAGGGCUCUAGCAGCCCUGCCCAAGAGUCCCCCACCCGCCACCACCACACGCCGCAGCUGGUGUUGAGCGAGACCCAGUUCUCCGCUUUCCGCGGCCAGGAAUGCAUCUUCUCCAAGGUGAGCGGAGACUCCCAGACUGGGGAUUUGAGCGUCUAUCCGGCGUCGGCCCUGCCUGCCCUGUGCAAGCCGGGAGACCUGCUGGAGCUGCUCUACCUGGGGCCGUCCGACCACCCUCCGCCGCCCCCACAGUGGGCAGUCUAUGUGGGCAACGCUCAGAUCAUCCACUUGCACCAGGGCCAGAUUCGCCAGGACAACUUGUACGAGGCGGCCGCUGGCAACGUGGGCCGGGUGGUGAGUAGCUGGUACCGCUUCCGCCCUCUGGUGGCCGAGCUGGUAGUGCAGAACGCCUGCAGCCACCUGGGCUUAAAGAGCCACGAGAUCUGCUGGACGAACUCUGAGAGCUUUGCCGCUUGGUGCCGCUUCGGCAAACGGGAGUUCAAAGCGGGCGGCGAGCUCCAGCCGGCGUCGGGCUCGCAGCCCCAGCAGCAAUACUAUCUCAAGAUCCACCUGGCAGACAACAAGGGGCACACGGUGCGGUUCCAAAGCUUGGAGGACCUAAUCAGGGAGAAGCGCAGGAUCGAUGCCAGCGGUAAACUGAGGGUGAUCCAAGAGCUGGCGAUCGUGGAUGGCAAAGAAUGAAAAGCGGAGCCGGCGCGAGUGGGGAGAAGGGAGGCCAGCCAUGGCCCGGUGGGCGCGCGCCACCCGCCCUCCCCGCAGCCUCGCUCCCCCACGAGGUUGCUCGGCUUCUUUCUCCUUUUCUCCUUCGUUCUUUCCCGUUGAGGGAAAACCAUGGCAACAUUCCAAACGAAACCAGCGGCUGCGCUUCCCUUUGCGUUGGCCAGAGGUUGGUUCGCCUCCCACGAACCGGGAUAGUCGUCACAAUGAGCCCGACGACAGAGAGGGCGGGGUGGAGGGGGUGGGGCCAGCGACGCGAUGAGCAAAGUCUGUGGACAGAGUCGCUCCGGGCGAUCCCUGUUGACCAUACUUCCCAUCGUGCUUAAAUAAAAAUGUUUUAAAAAAUA